AGAGGGCUCGCGUUGGAUGGUGCUUUAUAAUAUCCGCGAGGUUUAGUAUUCUCAGUCGGAAAUGUAGUGUGAAUAGUUCGGCAAUGGCAACCCGAGCGGUGUUACGUCCUUUCCUGUCCGGCUGCGCUUCUACUUUCCCGAAGGUUCCGCGGCUGAGCGCGUUCCCGCUCUGCGCCAGGACAGUGCACGUGGGCCCGGUGUUGCGCGCGGGCCACAACAAGUGGUCUAAAGUCAAAGACAUCAAGAUCCCGAAAGAUGCGGCUCGCGCGCGCAUGAUCGCCAAAUACGCCAUGUUGAUCAGAGUGGCAGUGAGAGAGGGAGGAGCAAAUCCGGAGUUUAAUAUCACUUUGGCGCAGCUUAUAGAGCAGUGCAGAAAUAAAAGUCUACCCAAAGCCACCAUCGAGGCUGCUAUUAAAGGAGCGGAAAAGUCGAAAGUCGGUGCUCAGUACCUCUACGAGGCGCGAGGGCCCGGUGGCUCCAUGCUGCUCAUCGAGGUUCUGACGGACAACAACACGCGCUCACACCAGACCAUCAAACACAUCUUAAUGAAAAACGGGGGGGCAGUGUGCGAAGGUGCCCGUCAUCAUUUUGAGAGAAAAGGCGUCAUUGUGGCGGCCCGGGACCAAGUUUCUACUGAAAAAGCCCUGGAGCUGGCGAUAGAGUCCGGGGCUGAAGACGUGCAGGAAGCCGAGGAUGAGGAGGACAAGCCGAUUUUACAGUUCAUCUGCGAUAUGAACUCGACGAAAGCGGUGCGCACGGCGCUGGAAACUCUCGGGGUUCGCACUCUGUCAGCGGGGAUGGAGUACAUCUCCAACACUCCCGCACUUUUACCACAGGACCAGCUGGACACCAGCGCCACCCUGAUCGAGGCUCUCACCGAUCACCCCGACGUGGUCAGAGUGUGGGACAACAUUCAGGCGCUGGAGUGAGGCGGGAAGGACCAGGACACGGAAUGUUUCAUCAGGGGAAUAAGCAUGUGUGUGUGUGAAUUGGGUCAAAAAUAAAACUAUAUUUAUGACUAAUAAAAAUCUUAGUUCUGACAUAUCACACACAAUCACCUUCAUCCUGAAGCCAAAUCACUGUUUCCCAGGACAGUUUGGUGGCACACUUGGGUAAGGGGGCGUGGCUAAACAUCUGAAGGCGGGGCUUGUACAGAUCAUGAAUUUUUUUUUGUAUUAAAAAGGACAUGAUUAUACAUCCAUGUUGUGAACUUGUGUUCUGAGGUGAGUGUGUUAUAAUGAAUGUAUUAUGAUUAUUAUUAUUACACGGGUCUACAAAACCAAUUUCUUUUGCACAUAGUGAAUUUUUAUUUCUUAAACAAUUUUUUUUUAAACUGGUUGUAAAUCUGAUUUAUUUCGCAGCAGCAGGUCAGGUUUUUGAAAGGCGGCGUAACAAUCUUUUCCAGUCGUCAGUCGUAUUCAGUUUAACAGACGUACAACACAAAAACACUUUAACAUUACCGAAAUAUAAACACAAUGUUUUUUGUAGAGCAAUGUUCUGUUGCAAUGUUGGAUUGUCAUGAUGCGGCCGUAAGUAAACCACAAAGACACAAAGAUCAUUUUUGCCUGUUCAAUAAAUCACGACAGAGUUUAGAACACAAAAUGCACACGAUAGCAGGGCAAAGUCAAAUCCUUCGAGCAAGAAAAUGACAAUUGUUAAACAUGAGAAGGAAGUUUUAAAAUCAGGACACAAAAAAGCGAUUAGAAGCACCAACAUUUUGAUCAACAAGAAACCCGUACUGUGCAUUUCUCCUUGACUUCCUUUUUUGCCUACAUUAUCUUUACAGCUUCAGAUGCUUAUUCUGAUCAAUGUUUUUGUAGCCAAAUUGAGUAUUUGGUGAAUAUUUAUGUGCAAACGUCAUAUCUUGUUACAUGUUUAUCGUCUCUUUAUUAUUAUGUACGAAA